AUGAGCGGCUGGAGCGCAGGAGGUGACGACGCCGGCGGCGGAGCCUGGGGAGCCAAUGCUGCUGAAGCGCCCAGUGGUGGAGGCUGGGGAUCCGGCCCCGCUGUAGACAAAUGGGGAAGUCAGGAUGCCCGCAACUUCAACGACGAGAAUGCGAACCCUGGUGGCGGAGACUUCGGCGGCGAAGGUGCUGACGAGGGAGGCGAACGCGAUAACAGAUGCCGCAACUGUGGUGAAGAAGGCCACUUUGCCCGCGAGUGCACUCAGCCUCGCAAGCCUCGCGAGGGAAUGAAUUGCUUUAACUGUGGCGAGGAAGGCCACACCAAGGCCGAGUGCACCAAGCCCCGUGUGUUCAAGGGAACCUGCCGCAUCUGCUCUAAGGAAGGCCAUCCCGCGUCCGAAUGCCCCGAUCGUCCUCCCGAUAUCUGUAAGAACUGCAAGUCUGAAGGCCACCAGACUAUGGAAUGCAAGGAGAACCGCAAGUUCGACUUGAACCACAUCGCUGACAAGCUUCCUGAGGAGGCAUGGGCUCUUAUGAAAAAGGCCAGCACCGAAAGAGACCUGGAAGAUUUCCGUGAGGCUCUCAAGAUUUAUACGAAGGCUGUUCCCGAUGCGUCUUUUGUCGACAUUGAGGAGAAGAUGCGCCAGGAAUCGUUCAACAUCUACUUGAUCGCUCUGGAGAGAGAGACUUCCGAUACCAUCAGCUUGAUCAAUCUUCAGGGCAAACUCGAUUGUACCUACGUGGUCGGAUUCUUCUACAGUCCCAAGGCCCAGCGCGCCAACCUCAAGGAGCGCUGGCCCAAUUCUCCCGACGACAACCUCGAGCGCCUAGAGGAUGCCGGUCUCCCUUUCGAUCGCCAGAUCCCCAAGUGCAGUAACUGUAAUGAAAUGGGUCACACUGCCCGCGGCUGCAAGGAGGAGCGCGCCAUCAUCGAACGUGUCGAAGUCAAAUGUGUCAACUGUAACGAGGCCGGACAUCGCGCUCGCGAUUGCCCACAGCCCCGUAUUGACAGGUUUGCUUGUCGUAACUGCGGUGCCUCCGAUCACAAGGCUUCCGACUGCCCCAACCCCCGUUCCGCAGAAGGUGUUGAGUGCAAGCGUUGCGGAGAAAUGGGUCACUUUGCGAAGGACUGUCCUCAGGCUUCCGCCCCAAGGACUUGCAGGAACUGUGGGUCCGAGGACCACAUCGCGAAGGACUGCGACAAGCCUCGUGAUGUCUCUACUAUGACUUGCCGCAACUGUGACCAGGUCGGCCACUCCAGCCGCAACUGUCCGGAGAAGAAAGACUGGUCCAAGGUCAAGUGCAACAAUUGCGGCGAAAUGGGCCACACCGCCAGGAGAUGCAACGCUCCACCCGCUGAUGGCGGCAACGACAGCUUCGGUGGCGGAAACGACUCCUUCGGUGGUGUGAACAACGCCGGCGGCUGGGAUAAUACCGGAAAUACCACCACUCAGGAUGAGACUCCCGCUGGCGACGGAGGUUGGGGCACUGGCGGCGGCGGCGAUGCUUGGUAAAUCAUACACACGCACACAGUCGUGCUCCAAUUUUGUUACGUAUCGUGACCGGUGUUUAAGUUUAUCCUCUUCUGUCUUCGCGUUUACCGAGACGCACGCUGCGCAAGUUGACCUCCUUACUGGAGGAUGAUGGCGUAUGUGGAGCUGAUGUCUUGAAAUUGUCGCGGUUCCUCUGGAUGAAAGUCGACUAGGUAGUUCGCAUGUGCUCUCGUACUCAUCAACGAAGUUUGUUAUGCUACAUUUCGUUGUGUACUUAUCUCCACUCUCACG